UUUUUUUUUUUGACAAUAGAAAUUCUUCCCAUGUAAACAUAUCGACAAGGCAGUGAAUACACUUCCUUCACCCGACGACAUCUACCUCAUCUCUCGAGGCACUGGCAUUGCGCCGACCUCUCCUCUUCUCCUCCCUCUUCCUCCGCCGUCCUUUAUCGUUGAGUCUGCCCCGCUUCAGCAGCUAUCGUACCCACCCGCUUGCGCCCAUCGUCAACGGCGCACACUCGACGACAUCACGCGGUUGCGACAGCACAGCUACCAGCUUGUUCGAAAGCUGCUGCUGAAGCUGCCCCCUCGCUCUUCGACUCAAAUCCUCAUGGUCGCAACAUGAUUUCCAUGCAGCGUUCCCUCUCUUCGCCAGUUCGCGUAGUCUCUGCCCCUGCCUCCCAAGAUGACGCGAACCAGCCCCGAUCCUCGAAUCCUCCUGCCGAAACCUACAACACGUCCUUCAGAUCCCGUCGCCAGAGGUCUCCUAGCCCGACCCGAAGCGUCGAGGCCGUAACCCUGCCUGUUCGUCGUAGCGAAGACACACCGAGAAGACCCGCCUCUCGGUCGCACCAGAAGCCCGUGAUUGCCCAAGCGUCAACGCCCAUUGCCACCUCUCCCGUAAAAGCCACCAUGGAUUCUUCGUCCGAUGCGGCCCUCGCCUCCGCCACGGGAACGGCUUCUUCGCCCGCCCUCCCCCAAGCUCUCCUCCCGGAUCCAUCCAUGUACACGAACCCUCAUCUGGCGCCCGAACCUGAUACAACGACCCUGGAGGAGCUCGCCCAUUUGGUUAGACUGUCCAAGUACCAGGAGCGCAAGCGCGCAAACACACGCAUACGCCUGCAGAGGAACCUCAUCUCCACAGCCUUGUCAGCUCGUUUGAACCGCUGCGGUGAGAUUGCCCGGAAGAACUUGGUAGACUGCUUUCGCUCCGAUGACAAGAAGACCUUUGCUUCUCUAUUCAACGCCAUUCACGAUGUGCGCAAGAGCUGCGACGAACUGCGCCGCUAUGCUUUGUUGGAGCCCGAGAUGGACUCUCUUCAAUCCCCUGCCCUGGCGUCGUCAGAAAGCCUGGACACGCCGCCGAAAUCGACCUCGGGAUCUAGUUCUCUCGGAUCCAUGACCCCUUUUCUUUCCGAGUUGCCCGCCUCUGUUCGGGAAAUCUUUCUUAACUUUCUGAACCAGAUCAGGACGAACCCGGACUACUUGGCUACAAGAUUAUGUUCUCUAACCUCUGCAGAACUGAAUGUCUUUACUGGCGUCCAUCAG